CGAUUCUUGCAUCUCGAGCCGUGGAAGGGUUGAGAAUGUUGUCACGAACCCCGGCAGCGAGGGUGACCCGGUCUCACCCCCAUGGCCUUCUACGCACUGCCGUGUCCAGGUCGCCGCAGACUGGUUCGCAGCUCCGCCGCGGAGUUGCGAGCUUCAUAGCCGGGCGGCCCAGAGCCUCGAUUGCUCGGAACGCACACUUGUCUCCCUCAAGCUUGGACUCUUUGCUGAAGGAGGCUUCCUAUGUCAGAGGUCAACAAUGGCUGUCCGGGCGGAGACACUCGUCCUCCACCACGCCGACAGAGUCCGACCCCAACGCGGAGCGCAGGGACGAAAUUUACGCCCUGAUCGAUAAGAUCGACCAAAAUGACCUGGAAAUAACAGAUCUUCUGGAAGAGCUAGAUCUACUCGACAGUCACGAGAAAGCCGUCAACCUCGAAGGGCUGGACCUCGACACUGCGUUCAGUCAGACGAUAGGCCACCGCGACGAAGAAACCUUGCAAGCGCGGGUGCGCCUGGCGAAACAACAAUUCGGCGAUUAUCUCCCGGAAGGCUACCUGAAUGAGAAUGAAACCCAACUAUACGUCCGGCUCUACGGCGAACCGCUCGUUCUCGCAAAAGACGCUGAGCUCGAGCUAGCGGAGGAUGAAGGCUUGGAGGAUAGACUUUACCAGGAAGAUGGUCAGGGAGGCUGGGAAGAGAUUGAGCUUGACGACGCAGAUUCGCAGGACGAACCCCCGUUGGUCUACGACAUGGAAGCGGAGCAGCCGAUCGAUGAAACCAUUGCCAUGCAAAGGACGAGAGAAGUCGCUGAACAGCUUGGAGGGGAGAUCAUGCUCGAGCAGUUCGUUGACGAUGAUGCAGAAUCAGAAUCGGGCCCGAGGCUCCACCCUUUGACCACGAUGGGGAAGCUCACUAUGGCGUCCAGCACUGUAUUCGUACCGCAAGACACUGUGACGGGUCCGAUAUCCGUUAUUCUUAGGGAAUUCUCGAACAAGCACAUUUCGGAGCUUGCCCAUCGCAAACUUGGCGGGAGAUUUCUUCCCCAGUCCCUUACGACCCCCCCUCUUCGCCUCCAGAUUCCUCAGCUUCCUAUUCCCCUCGAAGCUUCUCAACGCCACAUGACCGAGAUGGAAGCUAAUGUAUUCAUGGCCACUCUUUACCCCGGCAUGUAUGCAUCCGCUCUGAGUGUUCUGACAGAGGUUCGGAAACGCCUGGGAACAAACUGGAUCCGGAAUUUGAUGUUUAAAGAAGACGGUCCACACAUCCUCGAUUCCAACGCCGGUGGUGCGGGUGUUUUAGCGUGGAGAGACAUCCUGAAUGCUGAAUGGGAAGUCAUGGCGGAAGACAACACCCCGACGACGGGCCCUUGUCCAAUUGGUCGAUCGACUGUCGUUACGGGGUCCGAUGCUCUUCGUGAGCGCGCGAGAGUGAUGCUCGAAAACACAACUUUCCUGCCGCGACUCCCUGACUACGUCCAUGUCCGCGAGAAACCGACCCUGGACGACGCCAGAGCUCCUCAAAAGCGGAAGCAUUACGACAUCAUCUUCGCACCCCACUCUUUAAUGGGUAUCGAAGAAGAAUACCUCCGCAAGGAAUAUGUACAGAACUUGUGGAACCUCCUUAACCCCAACGGCGGAGUCCUCAUCCUUCUCGAGAAGGGACACCAGCGGGGAUUCGAGGCCAUCGCGGGUGCUCGUGAUAUGCUGCUCCAGCGCCACAUCUCCAGUCCCGGAUCGACCAACUACGAGAACCUGACCGAGUCUCCCGACGAAGCAGCAUUCAUCGAAAAGGAGCGCGGCAUGAUCGUCGCCCCAUGCACCAACCACGAAAAAUGUCCGAUGUUCGACUCACCCGGCAAAGCCAAGGGCCGUGAAGAUUACUGCCACUUCCAGCAACGCUACAUCAGACCCCAAUUCCUACAACGCAUCAUCGGAGCCAAGGACCGAAACCACGAGGACCUGAAGUUCAGCUACGUCGCGGUCCAGCGUGGCGUCGACCGCCGGGUCGAGGACGGAAUCGCGCAGGGUGCUGAAGCCACCGAUGCGGCCUUCGCCGGGUACGAAGAUCGAUACGGGCCCGCAACAGAGGGAUUCCCGCCUGUGAACGAAUCGGUUGAAUCGUCCGAAACCGAAACCACCACCGAACAACAUCCAACCGAGGUCAACGCUCUCUCACUUCCUCGCAUCGUCUACCCGCCCAUGAAACGCCGCGGACACGUCAUCUUAGACAUCUGCACGCCGUCGGCGAAGAUCGAACGCUGGACCGUCCCGCGCUCAUUCAGCCGCCAAGCGUUCAAGGACGCGCGCAAGGCCCAGUGGGGAGACCUGUGGGCUCUGGGCGCGAAGACGCGCAUCAAUCGGACAUUGAAAAUCGGGGACAAGCAUGGCGAGGGCAAGAAGGAGCGGCUGGCGCGACGGGCCGCCGAACGGAAAGAAAGAAAGGAAGAGGAGGACGAAGAUGAAGAAUCCGCCACCGCCGCCAGUACUCUGCCCCAACCUCCGGUCAAGAAGAAGGGGCAGAAGAUUCCUAGCUGGAAGAAAAACGCAGACAAGAAGACGUACAGACGGGCUUUGAAGCUGACUAGUACAAAGGGAAAUUAGUAGUGAGUGGGUUGGUUGGUCGGUUGGGGGGUUACUUGGAUGAGUGUCUGGUCUACUAUGAGGAGAAUUAUGGCGUCGAGUCUUGGCGUAUGGUGGUUUUGGGAGAGAUGGCAUUGUAUUAUACACCUGUAAGAUAUAUUGGGGGUUGCUGUAUAGAUUAUGGAUAUCAAAUGUAAAUGGGCUCUUCACUCAAU